AUGCAGGCUCCACCAGCAGCGAGGUUCCCACUCGAGCGGGCAGCGGGGCCGGGCCCUUCCCGCAGCUCUCCCGGAGGGCGCCUGCAGCCCUCCCUGCCCUGCCUGCCCUGCCUGCCCUCCCUGGAACUGUCCCGGCUCUGCCUCUUCCCCUCCCCGCUCGGCUGCGGCUUCCGGGCGGCGCCGGCCCCGCCCCGGCAGCGCGGCCUAAGCGUUCCAGAUACAGACUGUUCUACCAAAAGCUUCAAGUUUCAGCAGGAAAAAGAUGUGUCUGUGUGGGCUGAGGUGGUUUUAGCAAUUCCUGUCUGCAUUCUGGCCCAUGACAAGUUCAUUACACCAAUUACUCCAGCAAGUGAAGCCUGUUCUUCCACGAUGGCGUCGAGGCUCGUUCCAAAAGUGAAUUCCAAGCAGGGAGGAUCUCCAUGCAAAGAGAAACACGUGGCUCUGCUCAGCCCCGUGGGAAGGAUCGAGAUACGGGGGUGUGAGAUGGGCAUACAUGAAAUAAAACUUCCCAAAAUGAGCGUGCUGCCAGCUGGGGCAGAGUCCUCGACGACCUGUGAGGUGUGUGAGGGGGCUGAGGAGAUGCCAGAGCCCCUGCAGCAGUGCACAGCCUGGCUCCGAGCCUACUUCUGUGAGCCAGCAGCCACAGGGAGCCUGCCCGUGCCAGCCUUCCACCACCCCCUGCUCCAGAGAGAUUCCUUCACCAGGCAGGUGCUGUGGACGCUGCUGAACCAUGUGAAGUUUGGGGAGGCUGUUUCCUACAAGCAGCUGGCAGAUCUUGCUGGCAACAGCCGGGCAGCCAGAGCCGUGGGAGGAGCCAUGAGGAGCAACCCGAUCCCCAUCAUCAUCCCGUGCCACAGGGUGAUCCGCAGCAGUGGGGACAGUGGCAGCUACGGUGGGGGACAGCUGCUGAAGGAGUGGCUGCUGUCCCACGAGAGGCUGCAGAAGGAGAAGCUGCAGCAGGAGAAGCUGGCACGUCCCUAA